AUGGCGGCGUCGAAUGUAGAAGGUGUCCAACAUGAAGAAAAUAGGCACACUGACAGCCCCCAGCUAAAUAGAAAGGCCUUAAAUGAGCUGGGGUCGGUGGAAGAAAAGGGCGUGCCUCUUAACACAUCAUGGACAUUUUGGCUAGACAAGACAAUCCGAGGAACAACGGCAGCAGAAUAUGAAGCCAGUCUACGUAAACUUUACACCGUUAAUACAGUGGAGGGAUUUUGGAGUGUGUACAAUAAUAUACCAGCACCUAGUAUAAUUAAUACCAGAUAUAGCUACCAUUUAAUGAGGCAUCAAAUCAGACCAGUGUGGGAGGAUGAGGCCAAUUCUUCUGGUGGAAAUUGGAGAUUAAAAUGUCAUAAAUUUAACACAGUUCAAGUAUGGAAAGAGUUACUAUUGGCAGCCAUUGGUGAAAAAUUAUCAGAAUGUAUGGCUGAAGGUGAUGAGAUCACAGGAAUUAGUGUGAGUUUGCGAGAUCGUGAUGAUAUUAUCCAAAUAUGGAAUUCCCAGGCCGUUCUAGCCGAACAAGCUACGGUGGUAUCAAAAGUCAAGUCUCUACUACCAGAUGUUACUUUCACUGCAGUAUUUUAUAAAGGUAAGAGUUAUCUCCCUGUAUUUUAUUAA